CCACCGCGCCCACUGGAAGCUGGAGGCUGCCUGGGAAGCUGGAGCAUCCCUGUUUUGUUCCCCACCGACCCAGAAUCAGUGAAGAAAAAGAAGCAUAGCCAAAGCUUUAUGUUGACCAUUUGAGCAGACAUGGGAUGCAGGAGGGGAGGGACUGGUCAAUCGCUGAGUUAGCUGACUGGGGCUUUUUUAAUUCAACACUAUAUCCAACACUAUGGCAAAGCAGUACGAUGUGCUCUUCCGACUCCUGCUUCUCGGAGAUUCUGGGGUUGGGAAAACAUGUUUGCUCUGCAGAUUCACGGACAAUGAAUUUCACCCUUCUCACAUUUCGACCAUCGGAGUCGACUUCAAAAUGAAGACACUAGUAAUAGAUGGUAUCAAAGUGCGGAUACAGAUAUGGGACACUGCAGGCCAAGAGAGAUAUCAGACCAUCACUAAGCAGUACUACAGACGAGCCCAGGGAAUCUUCCUGGUGUAUGAUAUCACGAGUGAGCGAUCCUUCCAACACAUCAUGAAGUGGGCCAGUGACGUGGAUGAGUAUGCUCCUGACAAGGUCCAGAAGAUCCUCGUAGGGAACAAGUCAGAUGAUGUGGACAAGAGGCAGGUGGCUACAGAGCAAGGUAUCAAGCUAGCUAAGGCUUAUGGAAUGGACUUCUUUGAGACAAGUGCCUUCACCAACCAUAAUAUAACAGAGACUUUCACACGACUGGCUGAACAGGUGCUGGCAGCCAAUAAAAAGGACCUGGAUCUCCUCCGGAUGUCCAUUAAUGACGAGAUUAAUCUUGCUGCUCUGGAGGAAGAGGAAGGACUCUGUGACAGUACAGCGGGCGACCAAGGCAAAGGCUGCUGGUGUUAAAGAAAUAACAGGAAUUAAGUUGAAUAUGUUAUCAGCAGACACUUUGCACACUCUGGGCAAAAUGUGUCUCCUUUUGUCUUUAGUUGAAAUAAAGAGGAACACUGAGCUGCUAUUGUGAAACCAGCUAUUUCCCUCUGUUUCACGGAGCAAUGCCAGAAAUGCUAAUGAGCCGUUUGAGAGCAGUUUCAAGGACAAAGGUGGAAACAUUUUGCCACAAUGUGCCAAAUGUGUUGUGAAUUAACCAACUGAAGGUCCAAAUGUCAGGCCUCCCUAAUGGGACAGAAUGCUUAUUGUCUAAGCACUAAUUCCUGCUCUGUUCAGUGUGUCUAUGAUGUAACCAAAUGCAAUCCCUAUCCACUACAUAUUCGGUAAUUGACAUAUGGUUUAAAAGCCAAAAUACAAAACGUCCAGAAGAGCUGGAAAUUAAGAUUUCAUCAUCUUUUCUUACAGAUUUUGUAAAAUCUUGAUGUAAAACAUAGGGAAUGACUUGGAAUUGCCCAUCACUGAUUUGAAACUUUUCACAAAGUUGUAUUUCACAUCUUUUUCCCAAGCUCUGUCUCUGAUAUUGAUCAUAGGGCUUGGUGCCUUGCAAAUCAACAAUGUGCUUGCUUACGUUUGGCCUUCAUCCACCUCUUUUACUUUAUGUGGGUAUUAGCGCUCCUGCACCCCUAUAGCCUUUCUACCGAUGAAUGCAUUAGAUGUAGUGUAAGAGUUUCACCACAAGAGGGUGCUACAUGCAUUGCAAAAACAGCAGACACAAUGGGGAGGUGUUCAGUGUUGAGUUAAGCUAGUUAACUUUUUUGUCUUUUCCUAUGUAAAGUUUUUGGUUGCAAUUGCACUCGCAAUAGCUACCUUUAAUAUGAUUCUGAAUAUAUGCAGAUAUUCUGUUAUUUUCUUUGUUGUUUUCAUUCAAAUGUUGGCUACACAGAGCGUUUUGCAGCUUGGAAUAUCAUCCAUGUAAGACCACACAAACACAAUUUACAGUCAAGUAUGCCAGUAUAAGUUGUUAAUUGAGGGAAACAUUGAGAGCAAAAAGAUUAAAUUUCCCUGUAGCAAAACUGAACAUAUUUUUCAUUUUAUAGUCUCUGUUUAUAACAGCAAAUAUCCUAUGGUACAGAUCAUUUGAUAACUGCCAAAUGCAUUGUACAUACCAUGUUUUUCAAAGCAUUGUAGAUUGAUAGACUUAUGAGGAUACGCCAUUAAUUUUUUGUUUUACCAUUAGAGGGCUGUUUAAAAAAAUCCACAAUGAUAUUCUAGAUGAUCUGAAAUAUUCCCUCUAUGAAGAUAAUAAUGUCUUGGUCAUUAUGUCCUUUUCUCAAUGUUUUGUACAGAGUCCAGUAGAGAUGUCAUUUCUUGCCCCCUUCAGACUUAAGGGACAAGCAAGAGUUUUGCAUGCGAUCCACUCUUCUUUCCUUUCUUUUAUUGCAACUUCAAUGAAGUUAAUAAUCAACCGACCGUAAUACAAGUAUAGCAUUUGACCAGAGUUGCCUGUUGUAGACUUAAACAGAAUGACCACCAUUGGAAGAACUUUGGCUACAUUUUUUGCAACUUAGUAAAAGUUAAUGCUACUUAAAACAAUUAAUCUGUGCACCGCGUGAAAUGCCAGUAUGUUGUAUUGAAUGAUGUUCUGGACUAAGCUCUAGAUACGCAAUGUAUCUGUGUUGUUUUCGAGAACAGUUUUUUUCUUUUAGACUCCUUCAACUUGUACUUGUGGAAAUGUAUUACAUACAACAUGUAAAAUGUAACAUGUUAUUCUUGAAGAAAAGAUAUGAGAUGAGUAAAUACUUGCAGAUGUAUGA